GAGGAGGCGCCCGCCCGGCUCCCUGCAAAGCGGCCUUAUUUAUCUGGGCACAGCCUCAGCCUCCCGGUGGGAGGCUUGGGGCAGCCGAUCCUCUCCCACCGGGGAGCUCCUCUGGGGUGAGGCCGAAGUGACCAGCCAGGCCGGGGCGCCGGGCGCGGGGUGCGGCCGGGCCCUGCCGGCCAGGCCAGCACCUCCGCCGCCUUCCCGCUUCACCGGCUCUCAUGCCGGGCUCCCAAUGACGGGAGGAAGCCCGGCGAACAGCGUGGCAUGAGCCAGGAGCCCGGGCCGAGAUUCUGAGCUACAGAACCUCCUGUAGCCACUGAGAUUCUCAGGGGCUGGUGUGGGCAUCUCAAGAGGACUGGAACUACUCCAGAGCCGUGCCAGCGCCCCGCCGUGGAGAGGCCAGAGACUGCCCUAAACCCUCUCCCUUAGCUAUGCCGCCCCCGUACAGUGGAGGUAGGCCUGGCAGGCACGGAUGGCGGGCAUCGGAGUAGCAAAGGUGAAGAGAACAGUAACGGAGUGACGGAGGAAGAUGUCCAGCCCCGGAGUCGACGGCGACCCCAAGCCCCCAUGCUUGCCUCGAAAUGGCCUGGUGAAGUUGCCAGGCCAGCCCAACGGUCUGGGUGCAGCCAGUAUCACCAAGGGUACACCCGCCGCCAGGAACCGCCCCUGCCAACCACUGCCCCCACCCACUCUCCCACCACCCAGCCUGGCUGCCCCGCUGCCCCGGGCUGCCCUGGCUGGGGGCCUAUGCCCCCCAGCAGGGAUCCCCCUUGGUGGACCAGCCUCAGCCCCUGCACCUGGGCCCCCGGUGGAGCGGCCGCCACUGGCCACAGAUGAGAAGAUCCUCAAUGGCCUCUUCUGGUACUUCUCGGCCUGCGAGAAGUGCGUGCUGGCCCAGGUGUGCAAGACCUGGCGGCGCGUGCUCUACCAGCCCAAGUUCUGGGCGGGCCUCACACCUGUGCUGCACGCCAAGGAGCUUUACAACAUGCUGCCGGGUGGUGAAAAGGAGUUCGUGAACCUGCAGGGCUUUGCGGCACGCGGCUUUGAAGGCUUCUGCCUAGUGGGCGUCUCCGACCUGGAUAUCUGUGAGUUCAUCGAUAACUACGCCCUGUCCAAGAAGGGCGUCAAGGCCAUGAGUCUCAAGCGCUCCACCAUCACUGACGCUGGCUUGGAGGUGAUGCUGGAGCAGAUGCAGGGCGUGGUGCGCCUUGAGCUGUCCGGCUGCAACGACUUCACGGAGGCGGGGCUGUGGUCCAGCCUGAGUGCCCGCAUCACCUCGCUGAGCGUGAGCGACUGCAUCAACGUGGCGGACGACGCCAUCGCGGCCAUCUCGCAGCUGCUGCCCAACCUGGCCGAGCUGAGCUUGCAGGCCUACCACGUGACGGACACGGCGCUGGCCUACUUCACGGCGCGCCAGGGCCACAGCACCCACACGUUGCGCCUGCUCUCCUGCUGGGAGAUCACCAACCACGGUGUGGUCAACGUGGUGCACAGCCUGCCCAACCUCACAGCACUCAGCCUUUCCGGCUGUUCGAAGGUCACUGAUGACGGCGUAGAGCUCGUGGCUGAGAACCUGCGCAAGCUGCGCAGCCUCGACCUCUCCUGGUGCCCGCGCAUCACUGACAUGGCCCUGGAGUAUGUGGCCUGCGACCUGCACCGGCUGGAGGAGCUGGUGCUGGACAGGUGUGUGCGCAUCACGGACACGGGCCUCAGCUAUUUAUCUACCAUGUCGUCCCUCCGCAGCCUCUACCUGCGAUGGUGCUGCCAGGUGCAGGACUUCGGGCUGAAGCACCUCCUGGCCAUGAGGAGCUUGCGUCUCCUGUCUCUGGCAGGAUGCCCACUGCUGACCACCACCGGGCUGUCGGGCCUAGUGCAGCUGCAGGAGCUGGAGGAACUGGAGCUGACUAACUGCCCCGGGGCCACCCCCGAACUCUUCAAGUACUUCUCGCAGCACCUGCCCCGCUGCCUCGUCAUCGAAUAGCGUGGGGUCUCCUCGCCCCGGUCGCUGGAACCCGCCUGGCUCUGGGCGGGGACCCGAGGGCUAC